CCGAUGGAGGUCCCCAUGAGAGAGGGGGGUCGCUCCCCUCCUCCAGCUCCAGAUCAGAUGAGAGAUGAGGACAAGGACCGUAUUAUUUAGAGAAAAAAAAAAACGGGAGUUGGCAAGACUGUGUUACGAUGAAGGGGUAAUGACUGCAUCGAUAGACCCAGGGGAAAUGACGGUAAAUGGGAGAGAUGCGACCUUAAAGGUCAACGAAAGAAUUGACCGCACCAAAGUGGCAUGGUUAAAGGAACAUACAGUCACCUUCAUAUUUCGAGAAGGGGCCCGGUUCCUACCAAAGAAGCUCAAGGAUGACGUGGUAAGGGUGUACGAGGAUGAGAAGAUCCAGGAUGGGAGCUUUGAGGCAGAAAGCUUCAGAAGAGGGCGGGUGAAAAUGGAAAGCCCAAACGUGGUGUCUUACAUAGCGAAGUCAACGGCGGUGGCCACGUGGUUGAUUAUGAAAGGACAGGACAAAAUUACGUUAGGUUCGACAAGAUAUGUAUUGGUCUUCAAACCAUGGCUUACACGAGUGCAGUUGAGAGAGCAACGUAGAAGUGAGAACGAAGCAAAUUUUUGGGUGGUGGCAGUACAAGUGCCGAUAGAUGCCAUGCUAUACCUGGAAGCCCAAGUGCAGAAGGCAAUUGGGACGGUGCUUGUAGCACACCCUCCAGAACCAGAUAGGCUUAAACCCUCGCUCAUCAACUUGAAGUUCGAUAUCGACCCGGGAGCACGACAGAACAUGAAGGACAAAAUCUCGAUAAUCACGUAUGAAGGAGAUACGGUGACGGUCAACCUGGCUUCGUCAGAUACACCAAGGUGCGGAAGGUGCAGAGCCUUCUUCCACUUCGAUGAGCAGUGCAGGAGAAAUCAACGGCAACCUCAAGCUGGUUCGCCGAAUCAAUCUCGAUCCAAUCAAGGAACACAGCAGGAAGCAAGGAGACAGUACCAAGGGCCGCUGGGUCCAAGACCAAGCGCAUCAGGAGGCAUGCAAGGAGCGACUCUGAUACCCCAGUUAAACGGAAUAGCAGCGAGCCAUAACAAUCCGGUUUUCUCGCCAGGAGGCCUUCCGGGCAUCCCCCUCCAUAACUUGGAGCAAUGGGGAUUACCGCUAGGCAUGCAGAACAGCUACUCGGCUCUUGCUCCAUGGAUGGGACAUGGCCUAACCGGCCACUUAGGGAUGCCAGGUGGAACGGAGAUGCUCCAAGAUGCUGUAACGAAUUUACUAUCAGUAAAUUCGUCGGAGUCGCCGAUGCCAACAACGAUGGCCACAAUGGUACGAACGACAAUACGAGACAAGUUCCAGUUCCGCAUGAUCCCGGAGAUACUAAUGCCUCGUUUGCUGGUAGACAACCCGGAGAACGGCAAGAAGACCAAAUUUUUUAUUCCGAUCUUGGAUGUCCGGUUGGUACAUGGGCAGCUUCAAAUACUGGAACAGGAGGGCUGGCGACUGCUCCCGAUCUCGUGGAUCACCGACAAGAGAAAACAAGAGCUCCGGAAGAUAAGAGUAUCCCCCAGACGGUCAGCCGAGUUCCUAGCAGAAAUGGAAGCGAAGCUACCAAAGGACAAAAAGUUGCAGUCCCAAUUCCUGCGAACCUAUCUCACCUCCAACUGGUUGCCAGGGACAUUAGAUAGACCACAAGGCCAGAGUUCCACACAAGAAGGUCACUCCAUCCAACAGAGAACGGAGGGAGGAUCGAAUGCAGAAACUUAAGGUUUCUUCGUGGAACGUGAGGGGAUUGGGGGACAUUGGAGGGAGGUGCAAGAAGGAGAGACUGAAGAGUUGGAUUCACGAGACCAA